AGGCUAAUCCAGUUUACACUCCACACUGCAGACAGAGACACGGAGACAGGCUUUGACCGCCAUUGAUAUUGUUGAAGCUUUCCCUCCGGAGAAGGAAAGGAGGUUCCACUUCAAUUUGUGCCAGAAGCAGAACCUCUCCUCUGUAUUUAAUUUUUGCUAUUUCAGCUUCUUCAACAACGAAUUAUGGCCUGCAUUUUUUGGUAACUUGAGUUAAGAACUGCGGGGCAUUAAUUUGCUUGUUAUCAGCGUUGUUACCGUGUUCUUUUGCCUACUUCUGUUGAGGUGUGUGAGCUGUUGGUGCUCGUUCGAUCUCAAUUUUCACUUUGUUCAUGCUCUGAGUUCUGGUUGAUGGUACUGGAAAUUUGUUCGUGGAGCUCAAAUUUUGGCUUCAUUUGAGCAACCUUUUGAUCUGUUUCGGUUUAAUUCUUCGUGUUUUCCGGCUAUUCAGGUUGUUCUGCAUCAUAAAAUCCACUAGAGCUUCUUCGAAUUUCUUUCUGGUGAAAUUAAUUUGUUCUCCCUUGAUUUUCUCUCCAUCUUUGGGUUGAAUUUCCGUUCCAUUCGCAAUUUUGGGGAAUUCGGAGCUUCUCUGUGAGAUUAGUUUAUCUAUAAUCGAAUCCUUGGAGUUGUAGGAAAGAAUUUUAGGAUAUUUUUCAAUGGAACCACAACUUGAAGCAACUCAACCUCAGUUUAGAUCCGUACUGUCAGGUCCCGACGCUGGGGAACUAGGGUUCGGAUUCGACGAAAUUCAUGGUUUAAUUUCGAAUCCACCGGAAGCGCCCAGCAGCUCAUUCACGGCGCUUCUUGAGCUACCGCCGCCGCAGGCGGUCGAGCUCUUAGUCAACGAAGACUUUCCGGCGAAGCCUAUGCCACCGCCGAUUUUUCCUUCAAACAUUGCCCUAAUUGACCGGGCGUCAAAGUUUUCUGUCUUCGCUUCGGCUGACAAUUCGUCGGAGAAAACGCCAAUUCUGUCUGCUUCAAGCCCGAUGAAGCUCGAUUCCGUAAAGCGAGAGCCGCCGGACUCCGAUUCCCGGCCGAAUUCUUCUUCGCCGCCUGUUUCAACGCAGGGCCUAAAAUCCGGCAAGAGAAAGCAGGAGGAGAAAAAGGUAAAAGUCACGAAUAAAAAGAGCAAAAAGGCGGCAGCAGCAGCAAAUGAUUCUUCUGAGGAAAGCGGCGAUAAAUUGCCAUUCGUUCAUGUCAGAGCUCGCCGUGGCCAAGCCACGGAUCGCCAUAGCUUAGCUGAAAGAGCUAGAAGGGAGAAAAUCAACGCCAGGAUGAAGCUACUACAGGAGCUGGUCCCUGGAUGUAACAAGAUAUCAGGUACUGCAAUGGUGCUGGAUGAGAUAAUAAAUCAUGUCCAAGCACUUCAACGUCAAGUAGAGAUUUUAUCAAUGAGACUUGCUGCUGUUAACCCGAGAAUUGAUUUCAACAUCGAUGACAUAUUGGCAGCAGAGAGCGGAUCUUCCAUCGACAAUAGCUAUAUGGGCAUGUUUGCUCCAUCCAUGUGGCCAGAGCUACAACUCGAAGGUAACAGACAACAUCAGUAUCCGCAGCCAUGGCAAUUCGCAGGACUUCAUCAUCCCUCCUUGGCCAAAGAGGAAGCUGACACCCCCAACUUCAUUACACCCGAGAACUCACUCAUAAGCUACGACUCCCCUGCUAAUUCAGCUUCGCUGCACUCAAGUCAGCUGAAAAUGGAGCUGUAAAUGACGCGGCGCGCCGUGUUUCUCGAGUGAGUCGGCUAGAUCUGUACAUAUAGAAUAUAUAUAUAUAUAUAUAUAUGAGUAGCAUACAAGUGCAAAGUAGUGAUUCUUCCUUUGAUUCUUACAAGGAAGCCCAUUGCCAUUGCCAUUGCCAUUGCCAUUGUAAGGCAAGAGAGACUAUUUUUGUGUGUACUGUACUUUACGAUGACACCGCUAACUUCAAUCUCUCUCUAAUAUACUGCACUUGUCUCGCUCAUUUAA